ACAGCGGCGCCAUGCGGCUGCUGCGGUGCCUCGGGAAGCGCGCGGCGCUGGCCGGCGUCCCCACCUACAUCGAGCACUUCAGCAAGUUCUCGCCGUCGCCGCUCUCCAUGAAGCAGUUUCUGGACUUCGGCUCCAGCAAUGCCUGUGAGAAGACGUCGUUCGCGUUCCUGCGCCAGGAGCUGCUCGUGCGCCUCUCCAACAUCAUGAAGGAGAUCAACCUCCUCCCGGACCGGGUGCUGCGCACGCCCUCCGUGCAGCUGGUGCAGAGCUGGUACGUCCAGAGCCUGCUGGACAUCAUGGAAUUCCAUGACAAGGACCCCGAGGACCAAGCCACGCUGGGACAGUUCACGACCGCGCUGGUGACAAUCCGGAACCGGCACAACGACGUUGUCCCCACCAUGGCUCAGGGGGUCAUCGAGUACAAGGAGACGUACGGGGAUGACCCCGUGUCCAACCAGAACAUCCAGUACUUCCUGGACCGCUUCUACCUGAGCCGCAUCUCCAUCCGCAUGCUCAUCAACCAGCACACCCUGCUCUUCGAUGGCAGCACCAACCCCGCACACCCCAAACACAUCGGGAGCAUCGACCCCCACUGCAACGUGGCCAACGUGGUGAGAGACGCCUACAACAUGGCCAAGCUGCUGUGUGACAAAUACUACAUGGCCUCACCUGAGCUGGAGAUCGAGGAGGUCAACGCCUGCAACGCCCAGCAGCCCGUGAGCAUCGUCUACGUCCCGUCCCACCUGUACCACAUGCUCUUCGAGCUCUUCAAGAACGCCAUGAGAGCCACGGUGGAGAGCCACGAGAGCAGCCCGCGGCUGCCGGCCAUCAGGGUGAUGGUGGCCCUGGGCCAGGAGGAUUUGUCCAUCCGGAUGAGUGACAGGGGCAUGGGCGUGCCCCUGAGGAAGAUCGAGCGGCUCUUCAGCUACAUGUACUCCACAGCCCCCACCCCCCAGCUGGGCUCCGGGGGGGCCCCCCUGGCCGGCUUUGGCUACGGGCUGCCCAUCUCCCGCCUGUACGCCAAGUACUUCCAGGGGGACCUGCAGCUCUACUCCAUGGAGGGCUUCGGCACCGACGCCGUCAUCUACCUGAAGGCUCUGUCCACGGACUCAGUGGAGCGCCUGCCCGUGUACAACAAGUCAGCGUGGAGGCACUACCAGGCCAGCCAGGAGGCCGGGGACUGGUGCGUGCCCAGCACCGAGCCCAAGAACACCUCCACGUACCGUGUGCCCUGAGCU